AUGAGCGUCGGCCAGCUCUGUUUGGGUGACAGAAAGCGGACGGUGGGGAUUCUUAUUCUGGUUUUGUGCACGCUAGGAUUUACUUCUGAAGCCUUCAGCAUCCGCGAUUUCGUCAGGGUAGGAAGCAAACGCAGAGAUGGAGAGCCAGGUGAAUCUUUAAUAUAAUAUAAUUACUCUCUCAGUGAAUUGUCCCACUUGGCAUCCGUUUCAAUGUCCGAACGGGGAUUGCAUUCCCAUUAAAUAUUUAUGCGACGGAUCUCCUGAUUGUUCUGAUGAAUACGAUGAGAACAAGAGCAUGUGCACAGCCGGUAGGUCGAAUCUUUUACAGCACUGUAACACUGCUCUCGUCAUGUCUAAAAUCUCUCUUUGCAUCCAUAAACUGUCUCUUCUUUCAUUUAUUUAUCUAAUCCAUUGUUGCCACAAAAUGGGGAUUAUUUUGGAAAAGAUUUGCAUUACUUCCGGAAUUAGGUUGUAACUUUUGCAGCCACCCGUCCACCCGUCGAAGAAACUUCAGCCUUCCUUAAGGCCCUCCUCAACGCGCACGGCAACGACUUUUUAAUUAAAUUAUUCGGCCCCAAAGCGCGAAAUCAGUUGAAGGACAUGGGCGGAGUGGACCAAGUCGCUGUUUCACUGUCACGUAAGUAACAGAGAUGACGUGACCUGAUGAUGUUCGAAAGAACUUCCUUUUUUAUUAUAUUCAAGAUGACCAAAACUAUAUAUAAAGUUAUCCAUUACAUAUUCAAAUUGUUUUCAGAGUCCCCUACGAUCGAGCAAUUUGCCAGCGAGAUGCAUCUCGGUGAAGCCGAGGUGGCCAAUAUGGCCGCGGUCCUUGAGGCCAUCGUUUCCGGCGCUCCAACGGCCGCUCUCUCGGCCAAUGAGGCCGCAGACUUCAGAUUCUUUGUUCAGAAACUUCAAGAGACGGGCUUCUUCUAA